CCGGAUGUCCCUCCCCACCGCAGCGGAAGUGUGCCCAGGUGUGAGAAGCCGGUGAACAGUUAUAGGGAAUUGUCCGCAGAGAGACUAUGUCUAACCCGGCUCCGAACAACAGACCGUCCAAUCCGGACAAUCCGCGAGUGUUCUUUGAUGUGGAGGUGGGAGGCGAGCAGGUUGGCAGAGUCGUACUAGAAUUAUUUGCUGAUGUGGUUCCUAAAACUGCUGAAAACUUCCGAGCACUGUGCACAGGCGAAAAAGGUUUAGGACAGACAACUGGGAAGCCUCUUCACUUUAAAGGAUGCCCCUUCCAUAGAAUUAUUAAAAAGUUUAUGAUCCAGGGUGGAGAUUUUUCAAACCAAAAUGGAACUGGUGGUGAAAGUAUAUAUGGAGAGAAGUUUGAGGAUGAGAACUUCCAUUACAAGCAUGACAAGGAAGGUCUGCUCAGUAUGGCCAAUGCUGGACCCAAUACGAAUGGUUCUCAGUUCUUCAUCACAACUGUCCCAACUCCCCAUUUAGAUGGAAAACACGUGGUGUUUGGCCAAGUUCUUAAAGGCUUUGGCAUUGUGAAAAUGCUGGAAAAUAUUGAAGUUAAGGGGGAGAUACCUUCUAAAUUAUGUGCAAUAUCACAAUGUGGAGAGCUGAAAGAUGGCGAUGAAGGGGUUAUACCGCCUGGGGAUGGUUCUGGAGACACCCAUCCUGACUUUCCAGAAGACUCUGACGUUGAAUUAAAUGAUGUUGAAAAGAUUGUAAGCAUAGCAGAAGAUGUCAAGAAUAUUGGAAAUAAUUUCUUCAAAUCUCAGAACUGGGAAAUGGCAAUAAAAAAGUAUAACAAGGCUUUAAGAUACGUGGAAAGCUGUAAAGAUGUAACUGGAGAUGACAACAUCGCAAAGUUAAAUCCAAUUGCAGUAAGCUGCAACCUGAAUAUUGCUGCUUGUAAGCUCAAAGCCUCUGACUUCAGAGCGGCUAUUGAGAGCUGCCAUGAGGCUCUUGAAAUUGAUCCAUCGAAUACGAAAGCACUUUACAGGCGAGCCCAAGGACGGCAAGGUUUAAAGGAUUAUGAGCAAGCACUGGAGGAUCUUAAAAAGGCCCAUGAGUUGGCACCUGAAGACAAAGCUAUCAGCAGUGAGAUCCUGCGGGUCAAGCAGAGGAUUAAAGAACAGAAGGAAAAGGAGAAAGCCGUGUAUGCAAAGAUGUUUGCAUAAAUGUUUACAUUGCAGUUGGCAUGCUGGGAGUGGAAGUUUGCAACAUCUGGAGGUCCACAGGCUGAAGACCACUGCACUAUGCUGUCACUUAGAGCAUCUGGGCGCAAAGUAAAACUGCAGAAUAACCUGUCUGAUAUUAAACCAAAAAAGGAGAAAAAAAAAGUAGAUUUUGAACCCAGGUGUGAGAUCUCGCCUAAGUAUUUUUGAACGGUUUACAAUUUCAGUUUUUUAUUUUUUUUAUUUUAUCGCCUGUGACACUGCAUGAACUAUGCAACUAGUGUGAUGUGCAGUGUAUUUUCUUUUAUUCUAGAUUUUUGUUUGUUUUUUGUGGGUAGGCUUCAAUUGGUCUCCAGCAGUGAGAACUGUAUUUCUUUGUAAGGAAGACUUGGGCUGCACAGCUUAGGUUGUGGACAUAACUCAAACAACUGUAUCUCUAGUAAAAUCCUUGCCUUGUACUAUUGUAGAUGCACUAAGACCACGUGCUCUUGUAUUAAAGGGUUGUUCCCAGGCCAACACUUACGGCACGGAAGAAUGGUCAGGUGAUCAAAACUUGCUGUGAGGGAUAAGAAAACUGAACUAUGACCUACAAGUGGCUAAUAUUAUGCCCCAACAAUUGGCAUAAAUGAAUCUAAACCCAUUAUCUGGCCUUAGUUAUGAUCCAGCAUGAUCACUGCAGUGCAACAUGGUAACUUUUGGUUGUGCAACUUCUGAGGCAAAAAAAAGCCCAAUCGCCUUAUGGAAACGCUGUUGCUUCCAGUACUAUACUGUGUAUAUAUAAAAAAAAAAAUUCAAUAGACAGUUGUAAGCUACAUAACAGCCCAUGCUACUAUUUUUGGUUUCCUGACCAUGUGCUUCCUGGAGAUGGAUAUAUAACGGUACAUUCACAUGUACAGGAUCUGCUGUUGAAUCAAUACGAAUUAAUAGGUGAAGACAGCUGUAGAUCCUGUACAUGUAAAUGUCCCAUAUAGGAAUGCCCCUCUAAGUUGUCAGUGAUGUGGCUGUCAGAUGACAUUGCAGGAAGCUAUACUGCUAUUAUGUGGCCUUUGUUACUGACAUUAGCUGUGCCCCAUGUCUACCAUUCAAGCAAGGCUCAUGUUCUGUGUAUUGCAAGAGGAGCAACAAUCCUGUGUAAUAAUGGCUUAUUGUUUUGUCUUUCAUAAACUUGAGCAUAAAAUAAAUUGGUUUACUGUC